CUAUAUCUCAUUCUGAUUGGCUUAGAGUCAAAGGGAAGUAACCUUUUUUUAACUUUUGUACUGAGUUUCUUCCUCUUAAAUUCCGGGAAUUAGUCUAUUUUUAGAAAUCCUAUUUUUAGAUUUUCAAUAUUUUAGGUAUUUUUCUAACUUUUUUAUUAUAAGUCCUAUGUAAAAAGUAAAUACAUUUUUUGUGGUAACAUGGGUCGGUAAGACACUUUUUUGUAUUCACUUUUAGUGUAUCUCUUAUAUUAGAGAUUUUUUAUAUUUACUAGUAUUACUAUACUAGUAUUAUACUAGUAUUACUUAUAUGUGGAAGCCCAGGAUGAAGUACUCCAAAGACGAGUAAAAUUCUUUUUAAGUAUUAAGCUUUUUUUGACAUUUUUAUAUUAUUUUAAGUAUUUUUAAGAUUUCUUAUGGUUGCCAUUCUUCUGUGACAAGACCGUAUGGUGGGGGUAUGAGUCACUCCUGUGACAGUUCUAGUUAAACCUGGAGGGGUAUUCCAGUAUGUUCUAGUACAAUUCUUUUGUUGUCUAGAAGACAUAGACACUGUUUAGCUGAAGAUCAAAAUCAUAAGCAACAAGAAAGUCAGAACACCACUCCAAGGAUGACUGUGAGGCCAGAGGUUUUACGGGAAAAGUUUGGCUGGAUUAAUGAGCAUGUUCCUUGCUUUGGUGUGAAUGGUGACAAUAUCACUGUGAUAAAUCAGCCAGUGGACUUCUACGAAACUUUUAAAAACAUGACAAGAAAUGCCAGAAAUCGUAUUGUUAUUGCCUCCCUUUAUCUUGGAACAGAUGAUUUAGAACAAGACCUGAUCAGGAGUAUAGAGUCAGCAUGUGAAAGAGCUGUACAAAAUAACAAUGACAGUUUUGAAGUCCAUGUACUGUUAGAUUAUACCAGAGGAUCAAGGGGAAAUAAUAAAAGUUCACGAACAAUGUUACUUCCCUUGUUGGAAAAAUACAGAGGCAAAGUGCAAGUGUACCUAUAUCAUACACCAGAUUUACGUGGAAUUUGGAAGAAAAUACUGCCUGAAAGAUUCAAUGAGAUUGUUGGCUUGAAUCACAUGAAAAUAUACCUGGCUGAUGAUAAUUUUAUCAUAAGUGGUGCCAAUCUAAGUGAUUCGUACUUCACAAAUCGCCAGGAUAGAUAUAUACAGUUUCGAUCUUGUCCAGAAAUGUCCAACUACCUCUGUGAUCUUGUAUGUGCAGUAUCUCGGUUCUCAUUCCACCUGCAGUGCAAUAAUACCACUAUAUAUCCGGAAGAAGCCCCUCAUCCUUAUGAUGGUUCAGAAGGUAUCCUAGUGUUCAAAGACUAUGCUGGAGGAACAAUGUCAAAACUGAACAAAGUUUGGAGGGAAUCAAGGGCGUCAACUCAAAUUACCUCAAAUGACAGCAGUGUAGAUACAUGGUUGUAUCCCUUGAUACAAAUGGGUCCAUUUAAAAUAAAAGAUGAUGAAAUAGUGACUGAACGUCUGUUCACAAGCUCUGAAAUCUGUGAUAGAAUACUGUUAGCCUCAGGAUAUUUUAAUCUGACCAGUCGCUAUGUAGAUUUUGUGAUAAAUAGAUCCAGUGCCGUGUUUGAUAUUCUCACUGCUUCACCUGAGACAAAUGGAUUCUUCGGAUCAUCAGGGAUUUCGGGCUUUGUACCUGAUGCAUACACAAGAAUUGCCAAACAGUUUCAUGAAGAGACAUGUAAACAGUGUCAAGAUCAACGUAUAUCUCUUUACGAAUAUUACAAACCUCAUUGGACAUUUCAUGUCAAAGGAUUGUGGUACUAUAUACCAGACUCAAGGUUACCUGUGCUCACCUUAAUAGGAUCUCCAAAUUUUGGCUACAGAUCUAUAUACAGAGAUUUAGAAUGUCAAGUGGCUGUUCUCACAACAAAUAUCUCAUUACAAAAUCAGCUGAAACAGGAGCAUGAGCGACUAUAUGACACAUCAUAUAAGGUGACAGAGAAAACAUUUCAACGUCCAGACAGAUAUGUUCCACUUUGGGUACGAUUUGUAACCAAGAUCAUCAAAAACUUCUUUUGAUGCACAUCAGCACUCAGCUUAGUAAAUGGAUUUUAAUAAUAAUUUGAGAACAGUUUUGAGAUGCACUUUGCAAAUUGGUAUAUUCAAGAACCAAACUAUAAAGACUAGAACCUUAUGGAGAAAUAUAAGUACAGCUACAAAGGAGAGUUAGUUCAAUUAUUUUAAAAACACAUUGAAGUAUUAACAGACAAAAAUCAGAUCUGGGGCAUAGGUCAUAACUGCUCUUCAAAACUGGGUUUUAUAACCUGGGAUCCAGUAAUGAAAAACAACAUAUUAACAACAGUUUGAACUAUUUCAUAGCGUUCUUAAAGGUCUGUAAUUUAUCGGAUGUUAGACAUGCGUUUAUUUUUUAAUUUCCUUUUAAUUCAUUAGUCAUACUUAUGACAGUUAGAUAGAAAUUUAAGAGGUUACAUUACAACAAAAUAUGGUAACAAUCAAAAGCUCAUUUAGUAGUAACGUAAAAGUUAUACUAUAUUCAUUUUAGUGUUUUAACUUUGUUUCAUUUUUGUACCCCCCGACAACAAAGUUGUAAGGGGGGGUAUACUGGUUUCAGGUUGUCUGUCUGUCUGUCUGUCCGUCUGUCUGUCUGUCCGUCUGUCCGUAGACGCAAUCUUGUGCGCACCAUCUCUCCUUAUCCCCUUGACAGAAUUUAAUGAAACUUCACACAAGUGAUCAGUACCAACAGUAGUUGUGCAUGGGGCAUGUUAGGUUCAUUUAGAAAAAAAAUUUGCAGAGUUAUGGGACUUUGUUUUUUUGUUACUAUACUAUAUACAUAGACACAAUCUUGUGCGCCCCAUCUCUCCUCAUCCCCUUGACACAAUUUAAUGAAACUUCACACAAGUGAUCAGUACCAACAGCAGUUGUGCAUGGGGCAUGCUAGGUUCUUUUAGAAAAAAUAUUUGCAGAGUUAUGGGACUUUGUUUUUUGUUACUAUACUAUAUACAUAGACACAAUCUUGUGCGCACAAUCUCUCAUCAUCCCCUCGACACAAUUUAAUGAAACUUCAUACAAGUGCUCAGUAACAACAGUAGUUGUGCAUGGGGCAUGUUAGGUUCUUUCAGAAAAAAAAUUUGCAGAGUUAUGGGACUUUGUUUUUUUUGUUACUAUACUAUAUACAUAGACACAAUCUUGUGCGCUCCAUCUCUCCUCAUCCCCUUGACACACUUUAAUGAAACUUCACACAGGUGAUCAGUAACAGCAGUAGUUGUGCAUGUGGCAUGUUAGGUUCUUUCAGCGACAAAAAUUGCAGAGUUAUGGGACUUUGUUUCUUGUUAACAUACUAUGUACAUACAGUCUGCAUAUGCAAUCUUGUGCGUGCUUAGUCUACCAAACCCUUAAACACAAUUUAAUGAAACUUCACACAAGUGAUCAGUACCAACCCUAGUUGUGCAUGGUGCAUGUUACAUUCUUUUAGAUAAAUAUUCUGCAUAGUUAUGGGACUUUGUUUUUUGUUACUAAACUGUAUACAUACAGUCUAUAUACAUACAGCCCACAUAAUUAUGCAAUCUUGUGUGCGUCAAAUUGCAAUGUACUGUGUCGGUGCAUGUGGGGGGUACAUUCAUCACCUUUAGUGAUAGCUCUAGUUGAUUUUCGGGUCACUCUAUGAAAGGUCAAGGUCACAGGGGCCUGAACAUGGAAAACCAUUUCCGUUUAGUAUCUUGAGAAACAUUUGACUCAGAAAGUUGUAAUUUUAUAGGAUGAUUAGACAUGCAGAGCAUAAUCACCCAAAUCGAUUUAUCAAAGGUCAAGGUCACAGGGGUCUGAACAUGGAAAACCAUAUCUGAUCAAUAACUUGAAAAACCACUUGACAUAGAAUAUUGAAACUUCAUAGGAUUAUUGGACAUGCAGAGUAGAUGACCCGUAUAGAUUUGGGGUCACUUUUAAAGGUGAAGGUCGCAACAGAUAGAAGAUGGAAAUCCAUUUCAGAUUGAUAACUUGAGAACCAUUUGACCUAAAACCUUUAAACUUUUUAGGGUGAUAGGAAUUACAGAGUAGAUGACCCCAAUUGUCGUUUUGGAUAACUUCAUCAAAGGUCAAGGUCACAGGGGCCUGAAAAUAGAAAUAUUUUUACAAUCAAUAACUUGCGAACCAAUUUAACUAGAAUGUUGAAAUCAGUCCAGUAUUUUUGAAAAUAAAAUGUUAAAAGUCAGAUUCACUAAAAAGAUAAAAAAAAAAUCCAUAAGAGUUUUUUUUAACAAUGGCUUUCAGCAUGUCACUUACUCUUAUAUUCAUUCAGUAUUUUUGUUGUUGCCCCUGUCAUUCUGUAUGU